AUGGUGGCGUAUCGUGACAUCCGCAGUCCAAUUUUAUUUGAAAUAGCUUGGGAAGUCGUAAACAAAGUCGGAGGGAUAUAUACAGUGAUAAAAUCCAAAGCUCCUGUGACAGUUCACGAAUAUGGCGAUAGGUACACACUUAUUGGUCCACUAUUGGAUAAAGCAGUUGCAGCAGAAGUCGAAAUAGAAGAAGUUACCAAUCCUCACUUUAAAGAAACUCUUGCCGAGAUGUCAAAACAAGGAAUAAGAUGGACCUAUGGUAGAUGGUUGAUUGAGGGCAAUCCUCAUGUAUUAUUAUUUGAUAUAAAUUCAAUAUCUGCUAAACUUGAUGAAUGGAAAGCUGAUUUAUGGAAUGCUACCGGGAUUCCUUCGCCACCAAAUGAUCAAGAAACAAAUGAUGCCGUAUUAUUUGGUUAUUUGGUAGCUUGGUUCUUAGGCGAUUUUGUCGCCCGCGAAAGAAGCAAAUCAGUUAUUGCACAUUUUCAUGAAUGGUUAUCUGGUAUUGCCAUUCCAUUGAUGCGUAAACGUAGAACAGACUUGGCAACAGUAUUCACAACGCAUGCAACAUUAUUGGGUAGAUAUUUAUGUGCUGGUGAAGUUGAUUUCUAUAAUAAUAUACAAAAUUUCUCGGUGGAUAAAGAGGCCGGAAAACGUGGAAUUUAUCAUCGUUAUUGCAUUGAACGUGCUGCAACUCAUUGUGCUGACGUUUUUACGACUGUCAGUCAAAUUACUUCUUACGAGGCUGAACAUUUAUUAAAACGAAAACCAGGUACGGCCUUUUCUUUUUCUGCAGUGCACGAAUUUCAAAAUCUACAUUCAAUAAAUAAAGAAAAAAUUCAUAAAUUCGUCAGAGGUCAUUUUUAUGGACAUUAUGAUUUUGAUUUAGAUAAUACUUUAUAUUUCUUUACUGCAGGGCGCUAUGAAUAUAGAAAUAAAGGUGUUGACAUGUUUAUUGAAUCAUUAGCACCAUGUAAUUCUUCAACGACUGUUGUUGCUUUUGUUAUCAUGCCAGCUGCAACAACUUCUUUUGCUGUUGAAGCUUUAAAAGGUCAAGCUGUCAUUAAACAAUUACAGGAAACUGUAAAUGAUAUUACUGAUAGAAUUGGCCAAAGAAUAUUCGAGAAAGCUGCAAGAUAUGCUGGUGGUGAUAUUAACGAUGCAGUUAUUGAUCCUACGGAAUUAUUAACUACUGAAGACAAAGUAUUAUUAAAACGUCGUGUUAUAGCACUCAGACGUAGCACUCUUCCACCUAUAGUAACACAUAAUAUGGCCGAUGAUGGCGCAGACCCAAUCUUAAUGCAAUUACGCCGUCUAGAACUAUUUAAUAAUAAAGACGAUCGCGUAAAAAUCAUAUUUCAUCCCGAAUUUCUGAAUUCAAGUAGUCCAUUGAUUGGAUUAGACUAUGAAGAUUUUGUACGCGGAUGUCAUUUAGGUGUGUUUCCAAGUUAUUAUGAGCCAUGGGGUUACACUCCGGCAGAAUGCACUGUUAUGGGAUUACCAUCCAUAACAACAAAUUUAUCUGGUUUUGGAUGUUUUAUGGAUGACAUAUUGGAAAAUUCGUCAGAUUAUGGUAUUUAUAUUGUUGACAGGAGAAUGAAAUCCGUCGAAGAAUCUAUUCAACAACUCGCUAAUUACAUGUUACAGUUUUCUCAGAAAACAAGGCGUCAACGUAUAAACCAACGUAAUCGAACGGAAAGAUUAUCAGAUUUGUUGGAUUGGAAGUUGAUGGGUAUGGAUUAUGUCAGAGCGAGAAAAUUGGCGUUGCAUAGAGUAUACCCUGAUUCGUUUGUUGAUGCUGAAAUUAAUAAUUUGGAACAAUAUAAAUUCAAAGUAUCAAGACCUUUAUCUGCACCUGGAUCUCCUAGAAUCCGUGGAGUUAAUG